UUUUUCAUAGUUCACACUUUAUAGAUAAAGUAACAAUAAUGGACUCGUAUUCCUAUUCAUCUUCAUCUUCUUCUUAUUCUUCAUCUUCAAACCAGAUUUAUUCGUACCAUGAAGAAGAAAAAAGAGGCAAAAAUGCCUCGAGUUUUCGUUCUGCACUCCAUUCUGUUCGUAAACUCCCAAUGAAGCCGAUGAAGAAACCGAUAGCACCUUUUCCACCAAUCCCACCAAAAGUCUACAAGGUGGAUCCUGAAAAUUUUAAAGAAGUUGUCCAAAAGCUUACUAGUGCAACUGAGUUCCAAUCAACACGGCUGCAGGAGGUGGCGCCGCCACCUCUCAACCUUUCUCCACCCUGGCAGCAGCCACUAGUUUAUCCUAAUCAAGUUAAAAUGCCAACAGCUUCCAAAUUCAGUGAUUUUAUGACUGAAACACAUGAGGAAAAGGCCAUGAAGCCAUCAGAUUACAUUUUUGGAGCCCUCAGUCCUCUUGGGUUCAAUUUGUCCCCAUCAACUCUUGCAUGGUGUUCAUCUUUUCUUCUCAGUCCUGGAACUCUAUCUCCUCUCGAGCCAAGUGCAGUUCUUUAGAGCUGUGUUCAGUAAGUUGGAUUGAAUUAUAUUCAUACUGCUUGAAAGACAAAAACGAAGUUGAAGCUUUGGCUAUAGUAUUGUCUAAUUCUAUUUAAUAUAAAACCUUUAGCAUGCCCUAGGGUUUUAAUUAUGAAAAUAAUGUAAUUCCUAUUUAGAAGCAUUCUUCUUGUUGUUGCAUUCAGAAGAGUUGUAUUUAAUCCAAUAAUGGCUUAAAUUUGAUAUAAACGGUU